AUGAAAUUAGGUACGUUUUGGUGUGUGCUUGUGGUGGUGACUAGAAGUAGUGCGGACCAAUGGCGAUGGCCAGAGGCAGCGUCAGUGCGCAUCGAUACCAAAAUUGGAUUCAUUGAAAAUGAUCACACAAAUAAACAAAAUCAGGCAAAGCGACAGGACGACGACGUGCCGUUCCAUGAACCUUCAGAAACGGAAGGUUUCUAUAACCGGCCACCCGGUUCUGGAAAGUACCCCGUCCGGGUAGAAGGACGUCGUAAUCAAGCUUACCGGGUCGAUGGGCAUGCGAUAUAUCCCUUAAAGAAUGGUCAAAAACAGUACGCAUCAAAUAAUUACGAUGGUACCGUGGAUACGCUACAGUACUGCAAGUGUGUCAACACUCCAGAGUGCAACCCGCACCCUAGCUCGGAGGCAGCAUGCGGCCUUGGGAGAUAUCUGUGUUGCUUCAAAAGACCAAACAAAGUAACUCAACAAAACACAGAGUUCUUCAACGAAGUCGAAGAUGAACGACCAAUGCUGUUACCAGGACGAGAGAACCUUGCUCGUCCGUUCCCACCACCGCCCGGUUCUGAAGUGACUGGCUUCUUCGGCCCAAUCGGUCACCCUAAUGACAACUCCCACCCUCCUUUUAACAAACAGCAACAAGGUGUCCUGGUUGGUCCGGAAGGGCCGACCGGUGUUGUCGGCCCACAGUCGAAGCCAGACGUACUCGUAGGUCCCGGUGGGCCUACUGGCAUUAUCGGACCGGCACAAACCAACGAUGAUGGAAGACGAAGCAGCACACGAUGGAAGAAAGGAAAAAAGAAUACCAAAAACUCACACCCGGUGUUCAACGUAGUAGAGAAUGAGUUAGCGAUGCUGUUACCCAGUCAUGAAAACCUGGUGGGUCCAUUCCCACCUCCACAACCUUACAACUUUAAUGCUUUCUUCGCCCCCCUCGGUCCAGGGUCAAACAAUGCUCACAUCGGUGUCUACGAUGAACAACAAGGAGUCCUCGUAGUCCCAAACUUGCCAAAAGACAACGUGGGCCCACAACCAAACCCUAUGUUUGUACCUGCAAGUAUUGAACGCAUCAGAAGGGAUUCUACUGACUCCUCAACAGACAAUAUUAAAUCUGAAGGAAUUUCGUCCAUCUCAAGGUUCAGUUCGAAAGAUCCGUCAACUCCUGAAAGACCUGUACGAUCAAGUAAGAGAAAAAAGACGUCUUUAGAAGAUAAAAACUGUACACUCGAAAUUGACCAUUAA